CUAAUUAGUGCAGCAAGAAGGCGACUGCUUAAAUCCCAACAGGAGCAACUUGGACUGGUUUCAUGGCUCCAGGAUGGAGGGGUUCCUGUCCACGUUUCCACCGUACACUGUCUGCGACAACCCGGUGUGCGCUCCUGCACCUCAGGAGGACAUCAGCUGGGUGAAGAGAGAGGGCCGCUUCAUGACCCCCCAGGGCCUCAACUACCUGGAGCUCUGCAAGGCCAUCCUGUCCCAGGUCACCCCCAGCUUGCCCCCUCCUCUCAAGAAAGCAAACACCAAAGAGUGCGGCGUGCAGGUGAACGCCAAAGUGGAUAAAAUCGUGCAGUGCUCGCUGGGUCCCAAAACGCUGUUCUGCGUGGACGGUGAACAUCCAAAGUCCCCCAAGAGUCCGGAGCUGUUCACACCGGACGGGAAGGCGCAGCACAUCACGCCACCGGUGAGCAACCUGCGCUUCCUCAGACCCGUCUCCAUCUACUCUCCGGUGUUUGACCGCAGGAUUGUAAUGAAUAAACUCUGCGAUGACGCUGGAAGUGAAGGAGAAGGAGAGUCUGCUGAACAAGCCCAGUCUGACAAGGAGGACGAGGCGGAUCACAGUGGAGAGGACACAGUAAAGGACUUCAAGACAACUUUCCACAGGUCCUCAAAGGGGUCCAACUUCCAGUUCCUGGAGCAGAGGUAUGGCUUUUUCCACUGCAAAAAGUGUAACAUCCGGUGGGAGAGUGCUUAUGUGUGGUGCAUCUCUGGAACCAGUAAGGUGUAUUACAAGCAGCUCUGCCGGAAGUGUCAGGUGGGGUUUAAUCCCUACAGAGUGGAGUCCAUCCUCUGCAAGGGCUGCUCUCAGACCUUCUGCAGCUGUGAGAAGAAGCAGAGGCACAUCAACAUGAAGAGGCCUCACCGCCAGGACCUGUGUUGUCGCUGCAAGGGCAUGAGGUUGUCCUGUGACGCCACCUACAGCUUCAAAUACAUUGUCUGAGCUGUUCUGCAGUUUCGUACAUGUCUCAGAUGUUAGUUGCCUCCAGUAACGGACAUUAAGAGAUUCAUAUAUUCUCCUUCCAGCGAGUAGAUGAAUCUCUGCUUUGGUUGUUUAUUUGAAGCAACUUCUCAGAAAGGCUCUUUUGUUUCCCUCCAUUAAUCCUGGAGCUUAACUUAAACAUGAAACUAUUUUCAUAACAAGAAAUGGAGUCUGUGAAAUAAA